UGUGGGAUGUUCAGCGUGGAUGCUCUGACCGCAGACGCCUGGAGGAGGAGGAGGAGCGCGCCGGGCACCAUGGAGCUGCGUCAGCUCUGGCACCUGUGAGAGAUGAAGGUGGACCUGCUGAUCGGCCUGGCUCUGGCCGCGGCCAGCCUCGUUGCCAUGGCGACCGCCACUCGCAGCCCGGGCCGCAGGAAGCACAAAGAGGUGUUCCUCGGGGAGAGCAGCAAGUUCAAUUUCGGAGGACGAAUCGACUACAAGCUGAAGCGGCAGGAUGCCACCAAAUCACUGCUGAUAAAGAGUGAGCAGCUCCUGAGGAUCGAGGAGCACGACUUCGCCAUGAGGCCAGGCUUCGGAGGUGGAGCUAUCCCCGUGGGCAUCGAUGUGCAGGUGGAGAGCAUCGACAGCAUCUCCGAGGUCAACAUGGACUUCACCAUGACCCUGUACCUCCGGCACUACUGGAAGGACGAGCGGCUGGCGUUUCCCUCUCAGAACAAUCAGAGCCGGACGUUCGACUCCCGGCUGGUGAAGAAGAUCUGGGUUCCUGACGUCUUCUUCGUCCACUCCAAACGCUCCUUCAUCCACGACACCACCAUGGAGAACAUCAUGCUGAGGGUUUACCCCGACGGGAACAUCCUGUACAGCGUCAGGGUCACCGUGACGGCCCUCUGCUCCAUGGACUUCAGCAGCUUCCCUCUGGACACGCAGAACUGCUCCCUGGAGCUGGAGAGCUAUGCGUAUAACGAGAACGACCUGAUGCUCUACUGGAAGAACGGCAACGACUCCCUGAGGACGGAUGAGAUCGUCUUGUCCCAGUUCUUCAUCGAGCACUUCCAGGCCUUCAGCGGCCUGGCCUUCUACAGCAGCACCGGGUGGUACAACCGCCUCUUCAUCAACUUCAUCCUGCGGCGCCACAUCUUCUUCUUCAUGCUGCAGACGUACUUCCCCACCAUGCUGAUGGUCGUCCUCUCCUGGGUCUCCUUCUGGAUCGACAGGAGGGCCGUCCCUGCACGAGUGUCUCUGGGUAUCACCACGGUGCUCACCAUGUCCACCAUCAUCACAGGCGUGUCCUCCUCCAUGCCUCAGGUGUCCUACGUGAAAGCUGUGGAUAUCUAUAUGUGGACCAGCUUCCUGUUUGUCUUCCUGUCUGUGAUUGAAUAUGCAGCCGUGAACUACUGCACCACUCUGGAAGAGAUGAGGAAGAUGAGGAGGGGCAAUAUCCCCUCCACCUUCAACGCCAGCCAGGCGAUGGCCUUCGACGGCUGCUUCCACGACAACGACAUGGAGCUGACUCCGUUCCCCCGGAUGGCAGCGACGCUGGCCGACGACCCCCUGACCUCUCCCUCCCCCAGCCCAGACAUCCGCCCAACAGAGGGGACCCGCCUCCGCCGUCAGCGCUCGGUGCGCCAAAACGUGGACCUGCUGGUCAACAACAGCUACAUGAUCGACUCGUACUCGCGCCUGGCCUUCCCUCUGUCCUACCUGCUGUUCAACACCAUCUACUGGUGCCUGUACUCCUGAUGCCGGGCUUCCCACACACAACCAGAUAAAUGAUGACAUUUAAAGUCAACCAACUACCAUACAGGCCAUUUAAUCUUUCCUGAAUAACUCCACAUCUGCUGCUCGGGACACCAGGGUCAGAUGUGAAACUGGAAGUUCCAGCUGUGGAGCCACAACAUCUGGUUAACGUAUCUUUGAACACAAAUGAAACAGACCAUCAGGGAGGGAUGAUGGAGUAACCUGCAGGUCUGGGUUUCCCUGAGCGUUUAGGGAAAAGAGGAGGUCUGGAAAACUCUGUCACAUGAAACUGAGCUCAUACAUCAUCAGGGAGGGAAUGUGUGGAGAAGGCUUUCUACAGCACAUUUUAUUUAGUUAUAUCCAUCCAUCCAUUUUUUUAUACCAGUUUAUUCCCGUUCAGGGUCGGAGGGAUCUGCCGCAGCCAAACCCAGCUCUCUUCAGGUCAAAGACAGGGGUCAGAUCUUUUUAUUUCAUUGUCUUAUUUUGUGUGAUAACGGACUAACUUCAUUCAAUUCUUACAAGAGCUGCAAGUGUACAGAUGACUGUGACGAAAGAGCGAGGCUGCACAUCAGAGAAUAUGCUGAAAACAUCAGUGUAUCUGUGAUGAAACAUUUCUAUACAGAAAAUGUGAAUUUGUAAUUAUGAACAUAUGAUUGAUCAUGCAAAAACACUGUCUUUUAUUUAUCAGUAGUGAUCCUAAAAAGUCGUUUAGUGUCACAAGGUUUAUACUGACUCCCUUUCAAAUGUUCUGAUGACUGAAUUUCACCUAGUGGGACAUACCUGGGAUGUACCUGGACCAGAUGCCCGAGCGGCCUCACCAGGCUCAGCGGCUCUGCGCUGCCUCCGUCUUGGAUGACUUA